GCCCGUCGGAUCGGCCAUUUCGACCGAACCGGUGUAGAGCUCCGAGCUUGCGGCUGUUUUCUUUUCAUUUCCCUCCCCUCCCGGUGUAGCACUUCUCCCUCUCACAAUGACCGAGACCGCGAUUUCGUUCGCCAAGGACUUCUUGGCCGGAGGUAUCGCCGCUGCCAUUUCCAAAACAGCUGUAGCGCCCAUUGAGAGAGUCAAGCUGCUCUUGCAGGUCCAGCAUGCCAGCAAACAGAUCACGGUGGAGAAGCAGUACAAAGGCAUCAUGGACUGCGUGGUGAGGAUCCCCAAGGAGCAGGGCUUCCUGUCCUUCUGGAGGGGCAACCUGGCCAACGUCAUCAGGUACUUCCCCACCCAGGCCCUCAACUUCGCCUUCAAGGACAAGUACAAGAAGGUCUUCCUGGACGGCGUGGACAAGCACACCCAGUUCUGGCGCUACUUCGCCGGGAACCUGGCGUCGGGCGGCGCGGCCGGGGCCACCUCGCUGUGCUUCGUGUACCCGCUGGACUUCGCCCGGACGCGGCUGGCGGCCGACGUGGGCAAGGCCGGGGCCACCCGCGAGUUCGGCGGCCUGGGCGACUGCCUGGUCAAGAUCUUCCGGUCGGACGGCCUGCGGGGCCUGUACCAGGGCUUCAACGUGUCCGUGCAGGGCAUCAUCAUCUACAGGGCCGCCUACUUCGGCGUCUACGACACCGCCAAAGGGAUGCUGCCGGACCCCAAGAACACGCACAUCGUGGUCAGCUGGAUGAUCGCCCAGACCGUGACGGCGGUGGCCGGCCUCACCUCCUACCCCUUCGACACCGUCCGGCGUCGCAUGAUGAUGCAGUCCGGGCGUAAAGGAGCGGACAUCAUGUACAGCGGCACGGUGGACUGCUGGAAGAAGAUCCUCCGGGACGAGGGCGGCCGGGCCUUCUUCAAGGGCGCCUGGUCCAACGUGCUGAGAGGCAUGGGCGGCGCCUUCGUGCUGGUCCUGUACGACGAGCUCAAGAAGGUCAUCUAAGCGCGUCUCUCUAUUUUUUUUUUAAGCCCGACGGGUCAAUGUUGUGAAACGGUGUGAAAUGUAACAUAUCUUGUACAUUCUGGAAGGACUGUCACGGAUUCCGCCUUAUUUAUAGGGACCAGCUAGUAUGUCUGUACUAGUUGAACUGGGGGAGACACUUUCCUUAUUUUAUUUUUUUUCCCCUCCUACCUCCUCCCCCUGCCAGUGUCAUUCCCAUACAGAAAGAAUGUGGGACUCGGGAGCUCUACGUGUUUCAUCCAGCCGGUCUGUUUUUAACCCUACUCUUUAAUAAAAACAACCUGAUGAAUGAACCUA